AUUAUUAAAGCAGUCGUUUUUCUCUUAAGCACAUGCAUUAAUAUUUAUAAUUUGCGUAGACGUUGUAUAGUUUGACCACUGCUUUUUUACUGCAGUUUUGUUUGACAUGCAUUGAAAACUUCAAUUCAUCAGUUCAGAGAGAGAAAAGUUCACUACCACCAGAAACAUAAACAUUAAACACUUUCUCAAAAUCGAGAAUGACAGAUCGAGCAAACAACUUCCCCCCUCUGCCAAAGUUUAUGCGCAUAAAGCCAUGUUUUUACCAGAACGUGGCUGAGGAAAUUCCACAACCCUACCAGCAACUUGUGCGUCGUGUUUACAAUCUUUGGAUGUUGUACUGUAUCACACUAUGUGUUAAUGUGGUGGCCUGCAUAGCCUGGUGGGCCGGCGGGGGCAAUGUGGAAAACUUUGGGUUUGCGCUCCUCUGGCUGCUGGUUUUCAGCCCAUGUAGCUACACCUGCUGGUUCAGGUCACUCUAUAAAGCCUUCCGGGCUGAUAGUUCCUUCAACUUCAUGGCAUUCUUCUUCAUUUUCUUUCUGCAAUGUGUUCUUGCCUUCAUCCAGAGUCUUGGAAUAUCAGGUUGGGGUGCUUGUGGCUGGAUUGCCACAAUGAUGUUUUUCGGCACGAAUGUAGCCUCGGCUAUAUUCAUGCUCAUCUGUACUCUGCUCUUUACCAUAGAUACAGUUCUAAUGGUGUUCAUUCUCAUCAAGGUUCAUCGACUGUAUCGCGGUGGAGGAGGCAGUUUUCAGCAGGCACAGGAAGAAUGGAGCACAGGCGCUUGGAAAAGUGGCCCUGUGAGGGAAGCAGGAUUCAAAGCCAUCUCUGAAACCGGCCCCAGUCUGCCCCAGUAUCCAGCCACUGUGCCCAAUUACCCAGAGAGUGGACCCUGGUGAUACUUUUUCUGAACUACAGAUGGAGCCAGAGUACCACUGCUUGUCUUAACAUUAAAGGGGCAGUUUGCAGUGGGACGUUACCCUUUAUUUUGUGCCGAGAAAACACUUUGACCAGAUCGUGGACUGGUGAAUAGUUGCUUUGCAUUUGUACUGAUUUGUUUAAAAACAUUUUUCUUUUUUUACAUGUAUAGCAAAAAUAUCUAAUGUUAAAUCACUCCUUAAAAAAUGUGUAUAAACCCAAAUAGUUUGUUCAAGUUAAUCUUUUGAACACUUUAAUGUGAAGGAUGAUCAAAAAUGUCAAACCACUUUUUUGGGUGCAAAUUCUGACAAAUCGCCACCCAGAAGGUUAAAUAACCAAGCCAAAUAAGCAAACUGCUCCUUUUUAAAGACUCUCAACACAUAUUAUUCUCAAAAUGACAGGCAAACGGUGGACCAUUAGUAUAAAAAUAGCAAAAAAAGUACAUUAUUAAGUUGAUGAAUUCAUCUCAGUUCAUCUGAGCCUUGAUUUUUCUUAUCAUUCCAUUGACUUGCUUGAGAAUGAAAUCAGAAUAGUUGCAUAUCAAAUCACGG